UACAAGUAGUGAUAUUACACUUCGAAAUCAUCGAGCUUGCUCAGAUUCAUCUUCCCCUUCCCUCUCUCUCUCUCUGGGUGUAGAAUUAUCAGGAUGACGGUUCUUUCGAAUUCACUCGUGUCUGUGAGAAACCCACGGACCCAGUUUUUCUCAGAUUCUUUGAGUUUCUCUCUUACCCUCACUCCUCUUUUAACAGGUUCGUCUUUGAUGCAAGUGGACCAAUGUUUUAGCUCCAGGAAAUUGUUUAUCAACACCACUCAACAAGGCAAAGCAAAAGCACCGAAGCACAGGACAUUGACAGUGCAAGCAAGGGAUGGUGGAACACCAAAUACUGCAAGUAUUUUUGUGGGUGGCUUUGUAUUGGGAGGGGUUGUUGUUGGAGCGCUAGGUUGUAUAUAUGCACCCCAGAUCAGCAAGGCACUGGCAGGAGCUGACAGGAAAGAUCUGAUGAGAAAGCUGCCAAAAUUCAUAUAUGAUGAAGAGAAAGCUUUGGAGAAGACACGUAAAAUACUGACUGAGAAGAUUGCACAGCUCAAUUCUGCCAUAGACGAUGUCUCUGCGCAGCUUCAUGCCGAUGAUGACCCAAAUGGAACUGCUGUGAACCCUGAUGAACUCGAAGCUUCUGUAUGAUAAACUCCAAGCUUUGGUAAGAUGAAAUGCUGUGACCCUGUUGAACUGGAAGCUUUGGUAAAUGUUCUUCCUGAUCUCAAGGACCCUAUAGUGGUUAAAUUUAUUGUCUGUUACAAGCGAGAGUGUUUGAUGUCCCCAGUCUUUUCAUAUCCAGUUACCUUCAUAUUGUUGUAUGAACAGUGAGAUUCAAUGUCUGUAAUUUGAGUCUCUUAUGGUGACCUCCUCUCUUUUAUCAGCUAAAUCUAUGAACGCCCUUUGCAUGGUUGAGAUUAUGCACAA